GUAAUUUGAUGCUUUUAAAAGAAGAGGGAAAUUUUAGGGUAAAUUCAACUUUUUGGGAAGAGAAAGAAGAGGGAAAUUUGGUUCUUUGAAUUUUUUAGAAAAGAAACAAGUGGGAAUUUUGGUGGUUUUGAUUUGUGGGAAGAGAAAGAAGUGGAAAAGUUUGGUUUUUUUAUUAUGAAAGAGAAAUAAGGAGAGAAAUUUUGUGUAUUCAACUUGUUGUGUAAGGAAGGAAGAAAGAAGAAAAUUUGAUUUUUCAAUUUUAUUGUAGAGAAAGAGGAGAGAAAUUUAGUUCUUUCAAUUUUAUGGAAGAGAAAGAAGAGAAAAAAUUGAGUGUUUCUAAUUUAUGGAAGGAGAAAGGAGGAAAGUUUUAGUAUUUUAAAUUUUUUUUUGUGAAAAGAAAGAAGGAAACAAAUUUGGUGUUUUCAAAUUUUUUGGUUUUUCAAAAUUUUAACCUUUGAAAUAUGAAUCUUUAAUUUUUAUAUGGAGGGAAUGACUAGUUAAAUUUAUUGUUAUAUGUUUUGAAGACUAAUAUAUAUAUGUAAUUGUUUAUGGGCUAAUAACUAAAUUAAACUUUAGUUACAACAAUCAUUUGUUUUAUAUAUCACUUAAUUUGUCUACUUGUUUCCUAUGCUUCUACAUUUAUUUCAACUUCAACACUACAUGAUGAACUUUUAAGUUGUGUUGAACACUUUGUGUUGAACAUAGUAAAAUUUUGGCACAUUUAAGUUGUGUUCAUAAGAAACUUUUAUUUCAAAAUGGGGGUUAAACUUGACAUGUUAAGUCAUACGAUUGCAAUAACUCUGUCAGAUUGUGGGUUUGAGAAUUUUGGUUAAUCGAGUUGCGGCCUUGCGGGUCACUUUGGAAUGGGAAAUGAGAGGGAGGUUUGGGUGGGAACUUUGGAAUGAAAAAUUUAUGGGCGGGUGAAUAUGAGCCAACAAUUAUAUUAAACUUGAUAAGUAAUCUUUAACGGUUCAUUGUUUAGGGUAUAAAGUAUAUGGUUAGGGUAUAGGGUAUAACGUACAGAUGGUUUAGGAUGUAUAUUGUUAGGGUACAAGGAAUUGAUGAUUUUGACGGUUCUAAGUUUUUUAUUAACAUAUGUUCACUUGAAGUUAUUUGAAGCCUUUAACGACAGGAGAUCCCUUUUUAAUUUAUGUUUAUGGUACGUGGUUAGGGUACAGUGUAUAUGGUAUAGAGUAUAUGAUAUAUGGUUAGGAUAUAGCAAUUAGCAAAUAUCACUUUUUCAUCUAUGUUUCGAAAAUCAAAGUAUGAAUUUCACAUGUAUAUUAACUAUACUAGCAAAAUCACAACUCAUAAGGAUAUAUGGUCAGGGUAUAGGGUAUGUGGGUAGUGUAUAAUGUAUUGAUGGUUUAGAGUAUACGAUCAACAAUAUACACUAACUUAAUAUUGUCGAUUGAGGGUAAGACUAAGUGUAUAAGAUAUAUGUUAUUGAGUAAGUUAUGAUUGAAGUCACAACAAUUUUACUAAAUUUGAUAGUUAAUCUUUAAUGGUUCAAUUUUUAGGAUAAUUUGAACAAUUUUACAAAUAACUUGUUUGGCAACAGUUUACUGAAGUUAUUUGGACAAUGAGUUAUUUCGAAACAACUCCUUUUAUCACUCUGCUUUUUCCAAAUACCACACGCCAAAUACUAGAUUUGCAUGGUUAUACUAAACGAGAUACUUUAAUCCAAUUACUACUGAAAUAAUACUAAAAUAUCAAAUAAACAAUUGAUGGUGUCUUUUGGUUGCAAAUGUUGAUAUUACCAUUACUGUUAGCUAGUGUACUAUAUCAAUUACGAUUAAUUACAUAACAAGUUUGCAAGUCAUACAUAUUGAUUCAACAUUUUGACUAGUUUUUUUUAAUUAAGUAUAUAUAUACGAGGUAGAAAGAAAUUGGUUAAAAAGUUGAGAAACAUAUUUUUAAUUAGUGUAAUAAAAUGUGUAAGUUUUUUUUGGUAGUAAAUAAAAUGUGUAAGGUGGUAACGAGUAAUGGUUAAUACCCUAAUUUGGCCCGAACUAUAGACUGGCCCACAGUAUCGGAAAUUGCUAUCCUGGCCUAAACUAUGUAGCAUACUUUCUUAUUUGGCCCGAAGGCGGGUUUGACCUUUAAAUUAGACGGUCAACCGAGUUGAUUGUUAGUCAAGGUCCACCUCACUUGCCAAGUCUUGGAAACAAGGCGACACAACGGGGUGCCAAACGGCCGGGUACCAAGCCGGGUACCAAAUAGGAGGUCAUCCAAAAACUAAGUCUUGGAAACAAGGCGACACAAUGGGGUGCCAAACGGCCGGGUACCAAGCCGGGUACCAAAUAGGAGGCCAUCCAAAAACUAAGUCUUGGAAACAAGGCGACACAAUGGGGUGCCAAACGGCCGGGUACCAAGCCGGGUACCAAAUAGGAGGUCAUCCAAAAACUAAGUCUUGGAAACAAGGCGACACAACGGGGUGCUAAACGGCCGGGUACCAAAUAGGGGGUCAUCAAAAAAACUAAGAAAUUUGGCUAAGUAUGAAGCCAAAGGGGUACCAAGCCGACAAGGCAGGGCUUGGUACCAAGACAUGAAAAAAAUGAAUUUCGCUAAGUAUGGAGCUAAGGAGGUACCAAGCCAGCAAGACAUGCUUGGCAGCCAAGCAAGGAGAUAGGUACCAUGACCCCAAAACAGCCAUGGAUGGAUCGGCCAGGAUGCAGAGUCAAGCCCUUAUGGGGCCAUAUGGAGACAAAUUCCCAAGACGGGCUUGGUAGCACCUUAACGGGGUACCCAACCGGCAGGGUGCAACUUACCAACUUGACGAGGCUACAAAAACUUAAGUAUGGAGACCAAAUUGGUAGCAAGGAGUGUCAUGUUGAUUACAUGGGUUUGGUAGCAUGCCAGAAGGUGUCAAGCCGAUGAGACGGCUUGGUAACAAGCAACAAGUUAAUGAGGAGGACUUGGUGUCAUGAGGUGGUAGCGGUCUCAGGAGUGGGGAGUCAUCAAGCAGUCAAGGGUGAGAUCAAGACCUCAUCAUGGUUCAUGGAGGCUAAGGCAAGAGCCUCAACCCCAUCCAGUUAUGAAAGGGCGCAAAGCUCAACACCAACCCGGCACCAAGGCUAUGGUUACCAACUAGUCACCAAGGCGGGACAAGAAGGACCCCGAGGCGGUUUGAAGCAAGAGGCCAACUAGCAGUUACUACGGCAGUUACCAAGCCAGUUACACCCGGUGGCUAUAAAUAGGAGAAACGAAG